UCAUCUCAGCUGUGUCCUAUGUGGUUCUUGUCAAAUUACUAUAUUACCCUCAUGUUCUUCAAAUUUCAAAUUUUCGAAGCCCCGUUUUGCUAGCAACAACACCAAACAGAGUCUCAGAAGUAUGAACCAAAUGCUCAAGCUUCUCUCCUCAUCUCCUAAAACCCUAAACCCUAAUAAACCCUUCCUCUUCCUCACUCGCCUCCUCACUCAAUCUCUCCCGACUAAUCCCCACGAUUACGACCCGCCGUUUUCUCCAGCCUCCAAACCCCAAACCCCCAAAACCAAAAACCCCCAAAAUGCUGACCCGGAAAAAAACCCGACCCAGCCUCUCAAAUCGGACCUUCCCUUCGGCUUCAGCUACUCCUACUCGGAAACCCCAUCGGCGGACCCCAUUUCGUACCGGGAGUCGCCAAAGUUCUCUCCUUUCGGGCCGGGACGGCUUGAUCGGAAAUGGACCGGGACGGCUGCCCCGGCCCAACAAGAAGCUGACAUGAACCGGCUGGCCGAGCAGAGGAACCGGGUCCUGGGUGACCCGCUUUCGGAUGAGGAAGUGGCUGAGGUGGUGGAGCGGUAUCGGCAUAGUGAUUGCUCCCGCCAAAUUAACUUGGGAAAGGGAGGUGUUACUCAUAACAUGUUGGAUGAUAUUCACAACCAUUGGAAGCGGGCUGAGGCUGUGAGGAUCAAGUGUUUGGGGGCUCCGACUCUUGAUAUGGACAAUGUUUGCUUCCACCUUGAGGACAAGUCUGGAGGGGCUAUUAUUAAACGGCAUAUUAAUGUCCUUAUAUUAUACCGCGGUCGAAAUUAUGAUCCGAAGAAUCGGCCAGUGAUUCCUGUGAUGCUUUGGAAGCCCUAUCCUCCGAUAUAUCCAAAGCUUGUGAAGAAUGUUGCUGAUGGCUUGACAUUUGAAGAGACCAAGGCAUUACGUAACAGGGGACUAAAUGCCCUCCCUCUCAUGAAACUUACUAGAAAUGGUGUGUAUGUAAAUGUUGUGGAGAAAGUAAAGGAGGCGUUCAUGACUGAGGAGGUGGUGAGACUAGACUGCACUCAUGCUGGUACCAGUGAUUGCAAAAGAAUAGGUGCGAAAUUGAGGGACCUUGUACCUUGCGUCCCUCUUUUGUUCAAAGAUGAGCAGAUUAUACUGUGGAGGGGGAAACAAGAUCAAGAACAAGACUCCAACUGCAUUCAUAGAUCAUAGAGAUGGAAACUUCAUUAUGCUUAUGGUGGUCGGGUUGGUACUCAGUUUCAAGAAAAUCUCCUCUGCUAAAUCCAAUGCAAGUGCUAUAUUCUGCCAGUUUUUGUGUCAAGAUGCUAUAUCUGGCAGACUGUCUUGCACAUUUCUGCCCAAGUAAAUAUAUUUUCUUGUACUUGCACUUAAAUUUUUUUGCCAGAUAGUGAAGGAAAUGUAGUACUUUAGUCUAUAAAUGUACUGUCUCCUGUAAUAGUCAACAAGCCGA